AUGUCUUUGCCGAACGGUGUGGACGUGUCCCAGUUGGUGCAACACCCCGUGCUGGCAGCCCUGCCACCCUUCUUCUUGAGAGCCUCGGAGAGAUAUCAGCGUACCCCAAAAUGCGCGAGAUGCAGGAACCACGGCGUGGUGUCUGCGCUGAAAGGCCAUAAGCGGUACUGCCGGUGGCGGGACUGCGUCUGCGCAAAGUGCACGCUGAUCGCGGAACGGCAGCGGGUUAUGGCUGCACAGGUAAAAUUAAAAUGUUUUCUUCCCCAGGUGGCACUGCGCCGGCAGCAGGCACAGGAAGAGAACGAGGCCCGGGAGCUCAACCUGCUGUACGGGGGUCAGCCGUCCACUGCGCCACACUUCCCAGAACUGUCUGAUGAGGCACCAGUUCAGAAACGAGCUCGCAUCACUGAAGUGUGUUCCAGCCCAUCACCACCAGAAAUCCAGGAAUCGAAGACACCAGGCCAGACACCUCCACUCUCCACACCCCCUCCCAGAUCCCCGUCUGACCACGAGCUAAAUGUAGAAGAGGAAUUAGACCACUCUGAAUCGUCGCUCACUCCAGAAAAUCUAUCCCUAAAAGAACAGAGACAGGAUGACGUCAAGAAAGAAGAAGACGACAAAUGGGAGAACCAAAAUUACAAAUACCGACGCGGGAAACCUGAGACGCACAUGCCUGAGCCUCUGGAAGAUUCCACGCCAUUCCAGAAGUCUCCAGUCGACGUGCUCAUAAAGGUGUUUCCGAGGCGCAGUCGCCAGGAGAUCGAAGCCAUUCUGGCCAGGUGUAAAGGUGACGUGGUAGCCGCUAUGGAAACAAUGGUGAAUGGCCCUGAAUCCUCAUAUAAUCUAACUCCUGAGUCUCCAUACAUGCAGAGCUACCAGUCCAAAUCAGCUUUCUCCCCGCUAUCAAACCAGAGCUUUAAGUUCUCGCCGUCGAGAAGAUUUCUGACUCCCCCAUAUAGUGGGACAGGAUACUUGCCUACUGUGAUCCGACCACCUCCGGAGUACUUGUCCUCAUUCCUGCCGCCCUCCGAGCUGAUGUACGGCCGCCAGCUGCAAGUACCCUCACCUGGAACGUCGCCGACCUCGGAUAAUACCAACAACGAAGGGUUUUCUGAUUAG